UGAUAUUUCUAAAUAUUAGCUAUCUAAAUUCAUAAGACAGUUGAUUUCUUCUUUAAAUUCAGCUCGAGCUAUUUGUAAUUAUCUUUUUUCUUAUUUUUUCAUUCUUAUUUGUUUAACAAUGUUUCUCUGCUGUGGGUAGUGUGGAUAAGGUUAUUCACAUAGGAUCUGGGAAGCCAAAAAGUGCUUUUAUUUUUAUUUUUUUAAAAUAUAAAGAUAUGGUAAUUUUAGAGAAUUGAGAUGCAUGGCCAAAAUUUUAGAAGAAAAAGAUUUUUUUUUUACCACCAAAGUAUGUGGUGGGUGGGUUGCUCCUUCCUUAACUAGAGGUCUCGGGUUCGAGCCGUGGGUAUGGAGCGCUUCCUCUUGAAUGGGGCCUACGCGGUGCGAAUCCGGAUAUAAUUGAGCUCCAAUGCGGGUACAGGAUACCGGGGUGGGAAACACCACUUUUUUUUAGAAAGUUGAGGUGUUUGGCCAAACUUUUAGUUGCUUGAGGAUUAUUUGAGAGAGACAAUUUGGCUUUGUUUACUUUAGGAGCAUGGUGAUUCCGAAAACUUCAGUUUUUUCCAACUCCAAAAUGGAAAUAAGAAGUUUGUGAAAGAAUGUAUCUUGUGUCGAUGUGGCUCCGAUUAGCUCAAUGAAGACAGAGGGUCAGGGCGUAGAUAUAAUGGAGAAUACGAGCAAUGUACAUAAUAGAUUGCCUCGUCCAAUGAUCCAGUCUAUUUUCUCAGGAUUCCAGGAAAAGGUCCAAGAAUGUGUUAAGUCAAAUUUCAAAAGAUUGAAAACCAAUCAUGAUAAAUCAAUCUCAUCAGUCAUGAGAGGUAAGAAGAGAGGAGCAUCUGCAAUCAUAGGUUUGGAUAAAGAGAAGCAAUUACAAUCUUGGAAAGAGAAUCCGAGUUGGGUUGAUCCACCGCCAAAUGUAAAGGUAAGUGUACCCAAAGGUUCUCUCUGCAACCUGAAUGUGAAAGUUAAUAUUGGAUUGCCCCCAGAUACUGUGUAUGACAUUGUAACCGACCCUGAAAAUAAAAGAGUCUUCAAGAAUAUCAAGGAAGUAUUAUCAAGGAAGGUGUUGGUUGAUGAAGGUUCAAGGCAAGUGGUGGAAUUAGAGCAAGCCGCAAUAUGGAGAUUUCUUUGGUGGUCAGGAACAAUAUCUGUUCAUGUAUUAGUGGACCAAAACAGAGAAGACUACACGAUGAAUUUCAAGCAAGUGAAAACUGGAUUCAUGGAAAGAUUUGAAGGUCACUGGAAAGUGGAACCCCUGCUUGUUGAUCAACAUCUUUGCCAUCCCUUCAGACCUAAGACGUUAGCGGAUUACAUAUCAUACACUAAAGGAAAAGGCAGGAUUGGAUCAACGGUUAGCUUGGACCAACUCAUUCAACCAGCUAUCGUACCUCCUCCGCCCAUUUCUUGGUAUCUUAGAGGAAUAACUAGCAAGACGACCGAGAUGAUUAUAACAGAUUUGGUUGCUGAAGCAGCUAGAAUACGAGGAUCUUCUGGCACUGAUGGUCACCAAGGUUUGCAGGUAAAUGAGGAAUCUCCUGCUGAACCCCAAGUAGGCGAUAUUCGUGAUAUAAAAGAAAGGUGGGCGUUGAGAAGGAGAACUGCAAGGCAUCAUCGAAGAUUGUCUUCGAUUGUCAAGUCAUCAUAAUCUCUAUUUUGGCAGUUUAAUUGUGUAAAGCACAUUCUUUGUUGUAGUAUAGCUGACAGAAUCUACUCAAAUAAAGUGUGAUUGAACACAUUCUUUAUUCUGAGUUCAA